AUGGCUAAAGGCGCUUUCGAUUGCCUGGGUGUUUUCGGGGUAAAGCCCGAACCGGCCUCGUUCGAACGAGGCCGGCCGAAGGCCGCCGUGCCGCCGCGCGCGCCUCCGGUCCCUACCCGCGCCCCCUCCUCUCCUCACUCCACGAGUGGAGUCUGUCGCGGACCUUCGCCGCCGCCGCUGCCGCCCCGUUCUACUCGGGCGUGCCCGAUCCCGUGCCCAAGGUCCUCUACGACGACGGUGCCGCCGCCGGCCCCUCGAGGCCCUGCCGCCUCCGCCGACGUCCUCCAGCCCCCUCCCGCCGUGUCCUCCGAGUCCCGCCGCCGCCGCGCUCCUUUUCCGGCGUGUGCCAAAGCCGAGCCCGAGCCCAACCUCCCGACGUCCGCCGAGCGCGCCGCCGUCGCCGCGAGCCCCGCCGAGCCCCGUCUCCGCCGGCUGACGGACUCCAGCCCCUCCACGGUGUCCCCACCGGGUCCCGUCGCCGCUGCGCUCCCUCUCCGGCGCCCGAACGGAGCCUGGCUCGCCCAGACCCCGCCGGUGCCGACCGGCUCCGCCGCUGCCGCCGCGAAGCCCCGCCGCCGCUGGCCGCCCUUCCUCGCGGGCCCGUGCCCCCUACAGCCGCCUUCGCUAGAGUCCGCCACCGCCGCGCGCCCGUCGCCGACGUUGGGUCGAGCCGAACUCGAGCCGGACCCGACGACGUUCGCCGACCUCGCCGACACCGCCGUGUCCACUGCCGCCGCCAGCCGCCCUUACUCAACGGCCUCGUGCCACUUCAGAUCCCCCCCCCCCAGACGUCCUCUGCGUCGGGGCCCGGAAGUGUGUUGGGCUCUCCUCUCUCCCUCUCUCUUUCUCUACCUCUUUCUCUCUUCACCACCGACGCGCCGCCAACCGGCCGGCCCCGAGUCAGCCGCCGCCGGACCCGUGCGCGUCGUCCACGUCCCCUUCCUCUCCCUCCGCCGACCCGAUCCCGUUCCGAUCCCAAUCCCAUGGUGCCAGUUUUGGGAUCCUUGGUGA